UUAAGUUAACCACAAUAAGCCUGAUUGCAAGUUGCUACUCCUAGCACAACAGAGAAAGAAUUAAGUGCAUGACCCCUGCACUAGUGUGUGUCAUUUGGAAAUGUGCAUGUCCCUGUCCUGGAGGACAUACACACCCAGGAAGGUGGAGAACAAAUUGCCCAGAUAUUUGCACACGUGAGUACAAGGGACGUAACAGCGGUCUAUUUUAGUGAGCCAUUCACACACAGGAUUCAACACAUAAAUCCAUCACGAAAAACAUAUAACGUUUAUUCUUCUUCGACGGCACAACACAACUCAUCCUGCCCUGAUCGCCUCCUAGUUCAAGCGUCUAUACAGAGAAAAAACCAUGUCUGAAGGGUAAGUAUACUUUGACAGCCUUAUUAUUAUUAAAAUUUUAGCAUGGAUCUAUUGAUCUCUUUUGUUAAUCCAUUUUUGGUGUUUCUUUUUUUUUUUUCUUAUUGCAUUGCUCUGUGCUUCGUCGUUGUAGACCGGUAAGUUUUGGGAAGAUAUACCAUAAUUCAUGUUAUUCAAAAAUAAUUUGGAGAGAUUAAAUAUGACUUGUAUUGUUUUUCAGAAAAAAUCAAAGUAUACUGCCACAAGGCGGCUGCUCUUAAAAAGCAAAUUAUUGAAGAAGGCCACGUCUAUGCUGGCAGCUGAAAAAGAGCAGAAUAAAAGAGAGAGGGAUGAGGCUCUUAAUGAGAGGGUUCCUCCUCUCAAACUAUCCGGUCUGUCGGCACAGGAGCUCCAGGAACUUUGCAAAGAGCUUCAUCGCAAGAUUGAUGUAGUUGAUGAGGUUCGAUACGACCUUGAAGUGAAAGUGGCUAAAAAUGAAAUAGAGAUCCAGUCCUUGACCCAGAAGAUUUGGGAAAUGAAGGGUACAAAGCAACGAACCAAACUGAAGAGAGUUAAGAAGUCAAACGAUGCCAAGCUCGAUGCACUGACUGAAUCCAAAAUGUUAUCAAAGGCAGAUUUCAAAGCCAACCUGAAGACAGUAAAGAAAGAAGAGGAGAAGAAAGAAGAGGUGACUGACUGGCGUAAGAAUGUGGAGGCCAUGUCUGGAAUGGAGGGCAGGAAGAAGCUGUUUAAUGCUGGACAAUAAAACCGUUACAAAGUAAACUUGCCACUUGACAUCCAGCACAUAUACCUACCAAGCUUGUUAAUUCAAGACUGACAUUGUUUUUUCAUUCUCAGACUCUGUGACAAGAGACGAGAAGGCUUCUAACAUAAAUGGUUGGGAAGCAAGAAAAUCCAAACUGUACAAAUUUGAUAAUAAUGUCAAUUAAACAUAAAAAAACUGUUUAUAAGGUGCAUAGGUUUAAGUGUUUUUGUAGGUGAUCUUAGCACUUUGUUUGUCUUUACCAGUUGUCCUUUGCUGCAAUUUGUGGACAGAUUAUGUGUUUCAAUGCGUCUGAAACCAAAUUUGAUAUUUUGUGUAUGAAAUGUUAAAUAUGAAUACUAAUACACAUGAGAAUUAUAAUCAGACUGGAAAUGAAUUGAAUGCAAUGUUGUGAAAUAGUGAUGUUUAUGAAUAAAAGAUGUCAGAUAUUGUAAUACUUUCUAUGCUACUGAAAGUAAAAACUGCAAUGUAAUGGCAUUCCAAAAUUAAAUGAGACAAAGAAACAUGUUGUGUCACUGUGCAGUUCCCUUGCAAAACAAACGCUGUCCUUGAAAUGCAUUGCUACACUUGGUUGUGUACCUUGCAAGUGUAUAACUGGUUUUAAGUUACCACAUGCUUUGUGAAUAUUUACUCAAAUUCAAUGCAGCGAUGGUCUUUGUACUUCAAACUAUUUGGAA